CGCGUCUUCGUCCAUGCCUUGAAUACCGUCAAGAGGAUUCCCCGGACCGGGACCGCGCGCCCGCCGGCGGCGGAGCGGUUGAAGCUUUAUGGCUUGUAUAAACAGAGCAUGGAGGGGGACGUUGAAGGUGUUAUGGAUCGUCCGAUUGGGAAUACUCCAGAGGUGCACGCGGAGUGCGAGAAGUGGGAUGCCUGGUACGCCCAGCGCGGCAUCUCGCGCACCGAAGCCAAACGCCGCUAUAUCGGAACCCUGAUCGAUACAAUGCAUACUUACGCAUCACAAACGCCCGAAGCACGCGAGCUAGUCUCCGAACUCGAAUUUGUUUGGGAUCAAAUCAAAUACAACGCCUCCUCAUCUUCCUCAUCAGGUCCACUAAAUGCCGUCGGCGUCCCGCCUUUAUCACGCCACAAAGGCAGCGCAUACGGCAGCAUAGGUGGCCGACUAGCACAAUCAUCAGAGCAAUACGAGCGGCCAAAUAUCCGAGCCGACGAUGGAAAUGGCUCUCGACUCCGCGUCCUCAGUCCCAUGAGCCAACCCGAGGAAGACGAAUACUAUCGUCGCCGGAGGCGGCGCUCAACAGAUGAUGUUGAAGAGCAAGUAAUAGAUGACGACGAUGACGACGAGGACGAAGAGUACGAAGAAGCUCGUGACAGCCUCUACGAAGACCAAGACCAUGCCAGCUCCCACACCGGCACAGGCACCGGGAUGGACCGCACCGCCUCACACGGCGACGACCGCUCCCAUCAUCAACACCGCCUCAACCAACACUCCAUAGCGAGUGGCAGUGGCGACCUAGAAAGUAACGCCCACCACCGCAGAGACUCACACGAUCCCUCUUCUCCAAGAAAUAGCCGAUGGCGCCGCCGCGUCGAGCAGGCCUUGACCAAGAUGACCGCGGAGAUUGCAGCCGUCCGCGAACAGAUGGAGGUCCGCACGCUAGCGAAUCGACGACGGUCCGGAAUCUGGGCUUGGCUGAAGUGGAUUCUAUGGACGGUCACUCGCCAGAUUAUCUGGGACCUGGCCCUUUUGGGCGUUCUGCUCAUCUGGAUGCGGAUGCAUGGUGAUCGGCGUGUGGAAGAUAAAUUACGUUCCGGGUGGUCGGAGCUUAAGGCACGGCUGGGCCGGUUUAAGCUUCUUCGUCGUGUUGGCCAGGCUCCUCUUCUUCCUUGA